AUGGGCGUUUUCCGGUUUUAUUCGGAAACAGUCGAGUCAGCACAAGUGGGCGACGGCACCUAUUCUCAACCACUGGGCGAACGUUGUACGUCAAGGAACAGCUUUUCAGUAUCGAAAGCGGCGACUACUACCACCGAGUACGAAGAUUUUGUGUUUGACCCUUCCAGGUUUCCACCGUCUGGUGUGGCGCACCUAAAACAACUGUGUGCAGAUCGCUCGUCCGCGGAUCGGAAGCUGCUGCUGCGUAAAGGAACCGAUGACGAGAGGAAAAUUAUUGUCGGAAUUGCGAAAGGGUACAUGGCGUGCCGAAGUAUGCCGGACUUCCUCAGGGCUGUACAGGACAGCAAGGAGCGACUGCGGCUCUAUAGUACCGUCCAGGCUCAAGUCAAAGGUCAUCUUGUGCUAAAUCUCGGCCACACCCCUAAAUUCCGGUAG